AUGAAGAAGGCUAUCGAAGAUACAUGGCCCGAGAGUAGACAUAGGCUAUGCAUGUGGCACAUCAUGGACAAGCUUUCUGCUAAGGUUGGUGCUUCAAUCUGCAAUAAUACAGAUUUCAAAAAGAGCCUGUGUGCCAUUGUGUGGACCGAUUCAAUUAUACCAGUUAAGUUUGAAAGUGAGUGGGCUACCAUAAUGAACGAUUUUAACUUGGUUGAUCAUGAGUGGCUACAGUCACUUUACCAAAUCAGGGAUACUUGGAUACCAGCUUAUUAUCGUGAGGAGGUCAUGUCCGGGCUUAUGCGUACCUCUUCUCGUUCCGAGAGCGAGAACCAUUUCUUUGGACAGUUCUGUAACCCGGGUUGCACACUUGUCGAAUUUCUCGGGCAUUUUGAUUCUGCUAUUGAAGCUCAGAGACAUGAGCACAGGAAGAAUGACCAUGACACCAGAAAUACAAACGCUGAAAUAUGGGCUGAAGACUUUGUUUUGGAGGAUCAAGCGUCCAGGAUAUACACACGCACUAUAUUUUUUGACCAGCAGUUGGAGAUACAAAACAGUAUACACAGAUGUGCUAUCGGAAAGUGGGAAGACAUUGGUGACUUCGUUAACUUUUUUGUGAAGGACUGGGAACAACCAUGCACUACUUUCUUCGAGGUUAUGAUGCGGGAGGCCGACAUGACUAUAUAUUGUACAUGCAAAAGAUUUGAACAGUUUGGGUUGUUGUGCUCACACAUCUUUUGUGUGCUAAGGAUGCUUGACAUUAGGGAGUUUCCACAACGCUAUAUAUUACGACGUUGGACUCGGGAGGCUGUUCCAAAUAGUGCCCCUGGUGCUAUUCUAGGUAUCAAUGAGACUGAGAAUCGUUAUAAUGAAGUUAACCGUGUUGUACGUGAGAUCACAUAUUCUACAGAGUCGGUUAUUAAUCAGCUUGUCACCAACUUUGAUGCGCUAUGCUCGUUCAGGGAUCAUGUUGUUAAUUAUUUCAAAACUGCUGAUGAGUCUGUCGUCAAUGCUCCACCUAAGAGCCGUUCGUGUUCCCAUUGGAACAAGAUUCAAAGAUACGGUCAUAACAGACGUUCUUGCAAAAACCCUACCCGGACUAAAGAACAAGCUAUGGCCGAGGAUGACGGUGAAGAAGCUGAUGAAGUCGACGAGGAGGAAGAUGAAUGGGAGGAAGUUGAAGAAGAUAUGGAUGAACAAGAUGAGGAUGCAUUAGACGAGGAGGAUGGGGAAGAGGAGUAG